CAAUUGUGCCGCCAAGUCGGUUUCUCCCGCUGCUGAAUCAAAUGAAUGGAAUGCCGCAUCAUACUAUCUAUUCAUCCCUUCGGCCGAGACACCUAGUCAAUACAGGUGACAUCCGUGAUAUGUAUCAUAUUGCCUUCUCACCGCCAACCCCCCACCCCCACAGUUGCGUGGUCAUCGAUUGUCCAGCAGCCAAACGAACUUGAUUCUGGAUGACAUUGACGGUAUCGACGAACCGCAGCGUUCCCCCCCCGGCUUUCAGCAUGUGGAUGAAGCAUGGCGCGCAGACACGUCCCACUCGGGAUAUUCGACACCUCGGUCAUCUGCUUCUUCGUUAUCGCACCUACUCUUGGUCUCGGCCUCUUGGUCUCGGCCUCGGGUUCGGAUGCGCACUGAAAAUUCAUAUCGUAUACGCGGCAGCGCCGUCCACCUGCAGCAGUUACCCGGAGCGUUUCGAUUUCGCUCCCAACUCGACAGAGGAUGUCUCGAAGAAGGCCACGGUUCGCGAAUGUGUUUUUGGUAUCACGCAGGCGCUUGCCGCGCUUGACGGCAUCCAAAAACCCAUACUGGUUAUCAAUGUACAGAGACCAGUGCCGCUGAUCGAGGAUAAUGUAGGGGAUACGAUUAGGAUCCAGGUGAACAGUUUGAUGGCUCCUGACAAGCCGCCUGAAUCUUUCAUCGGAAUGGGUGCCCUUAGAAUCAGGCGUCGAGCCCCUAGUAGAGAACAUGCUGCUAAACGAGCAACACAAAUACAACUACUCUGACACUUCUCCCGCUUAGCCUCCCUCCCCAGACCAACGAUGUGGGACCAGCUGCACAGGCGGGCAACUAUACAGCAUCAAAGUCUGCUCAGGCUAGAAACUGCGUCUACGCACCAAGCUUCUACUCCUACGACACCAGUCUCCAUCCCAAUUAGUAAACCCAACAUGCACUACAUCGAAUACAUAUUCCGACAGGCGCAAGAUGUGAACCUCAUCUUCAUCAACACGACGGCGUACUC